GUCGGGUCAAAAUGGACCUGAACCAUAGCAUGACGGCACAGAAUAUGAUCAGAAUGAAACAUUUAAAGAGUUAGUCUUAAAUGUUUACAUACUGUUUCAUACUUGGACGAUGCAGCACUGACUUAUGUAAAGCUGGAUGCUGAAUGAUUGGUUGAUUGUUUAAAUCCCAGAAGGUUUGGGUGGUUCCUCCUUAUGGAAAACAGAGAAGCGACUGGAAGCUGUUUACUCAUUCAUUCAUCUCACUGCAGCCCAGCACUACGGUACUAAAGCUCCUCUGUUGCGUUGUGAGCACUAACAGCAUUAGCUAGCAAAGCAAACAACUGCUAAAAUGACACGACUGAAGCGUUCAACGUGAAGUGGAUGUCCAAAAUGUGAAGCUCUGCCUGCAUUUUUAUGAACCUGAAUCACCGGGGAAUCCGACAAUCAUCAUCAUCAUCAUCAGUGGCACAGCGACAGCAGCAACGGAGGUGGUGGCUUCUCAGCAAGGAUCAUGUGGUGGGCCUGGCCGUUCCUGCCUGCUCUGGUGCUUCUCUCAGAGCUCUCUGUGGUGAGAGUCCAGACAGCACCGUGCCAAACCUGCAAAAAACUCACUGAGAGUUUCAUUAAGGGCUUGGAGAGAACAGCCAAUAAGAACUUUGGGGGAGGAAACACUGCCUGGGAGGAGGAGAAGCUGGCUAAAUAUGCAACCAGUGAAACUCGCCUACUAGAGAUAGUAGAAUCUGCUUGUGAGAAAACAGAUUUUGAAUGUAAUCGACUGCUGGAGCAGAUAGAGGACCAAGUGGAGACAUGGUGGUUCCACAGACAGCAGGAAGCACCAGACCUGUUUGAGUGGCUGUGUAUAGAGGAGCUGAGACUCUGCUGUCCACCUGGACACUUUGGACCUGACUGCAAAGAGUGUCCAUCUGGACCCGGUGGCACAUGUGGAGGUCUGGGCCGCUGUGAAGGGGAGGGUACUCGCCUGGGAGAUGGAGAGUGUGUCUGUGAUCCCGGGUACUCAGGCCAUCUUUGCCAAAGCUGUGCUGAUGGUUACUACAGAGAGAAAAGCUCCAAUAACAGCAUAGCAGCCUGUGCAGCCUGCUACCACUCAUGCAAGAAAUGCUCAGGGCCGCAGGACUACAAAUGUCUGGACUGCAAACCCGGCUGGAUCCUUCAUGACAACAAAUGUGUUGACAUCGAUGAAUGCGGUACAGAGCUGGCUCGUUGCCCUUCUAACACCUACUGUCACAACACAGAUGGAUCAUAUGAAUGCAGAGGAUGUGACCAGGCAUGUGUGGGCUGCAUGGGUAGUGGUCCUGCCCGCUGUAAAAAAUGUGCGCGUGGCUACAGAUUGAAGGGAGCGAAGUGUCUUGAUAUAGAUGAAUGUAGUGAACGUGCCAUAGCAUGCCCGGGACUCAAUGAGGCCUGUAUAAAUGAGGAGGGCUCCUUCCACUGUGACUGUGCUAAUGGCUUUAUCAGAAGAGACAGCAUCUGUGUUGAAAAUAAACCACCUGCUGGCCCAGAGAAGGGACUCUUUGACGAUAUGACAGAUGAUGAGGUCCUUGUACUGCAACAGAUGUUCUUUGGAGUGGUAAUCUGUGCCCUAGCCACCCUUGCUGCCAAGGGUGACAUGGUCUUCACAGCUAUUUUCAUUGGAGGUGUGGCUGCUAUGGCUGGAUACUGGCUGACUGAGAAGGGAGACUACAUGCUGGAUGGAUUUCUGAAGGGACGCUAGACUGCAUUGGACCGUAGCUUGAAUAAAAAGACGGGUCAAUUUGGGUAAAUAGGAAUCAGUUUGAGGCAAGAAACUAGCUCUGCAAUGCUAGAUUAUCAGGGAUUUACUUGUGACUGGGGAAUUAAUUUAAAGGGCGUGGGUUAAUUUAUGUGUAUGAGUUGCAUAACACGGGAAGAAGGGAGAACUUAAAGAACAUGAAGCCAUGAAGCUUUAAGAGGAGUAACGAAGCAUCACUGCACUGAUGGAAAGGAACUGAACUUACUUCCCUACCUCAGCUGUGUUGGGAACAAGGGUGACAUAAAGACCACUACUGAUUGUGAAAAUCUUAUGCAUUUGGAUAUGAUGUCUGGUCUUUGUCUCUCUUGAAAAGAUUUUUCUUUUUCAUCUACUCUAUUCAUGAAGUCCAUCUGCGUUUUCACCAUUUCAGCUCCCCCUCCCUCCCAUAGUUUGAAUGGCACAUGAGUUGUGAGUGUGUCAGGUUACUAAUGCACUUACCGCUGUGGGACAUUGGGUAGGAUGGAGAUAUCGCAAUUUCCCAAAUUCCCCCAGUGAAGCACUCAUAAAACUCUGGGAUAUUUACAUUAAGAACAGCCAUUUAUUUAUGUUCACAGAAUAACUUUUUACCUCUUUGUCCCAGAAUAAUUCUUUGUAAUAAUAAUAAUGCAUGAUAAAUAGGAUUGGAAAUGAAAGAUACAGCACCCUAUGUAUUUAUUUGUCCUACUUGGCAUGGAAGAUAACUUUUUAAUAGCUGCUGGGUCACCAACAUUACUUAUUUAAGUACCAGGAUCCUGUUACAGGAAGCAGGUUAAGCCAACAGUGCUGAGUUUGUUAACCCCGAGAAACGUUUUUUCAGUUCUAGAAAUAGAGUUAACUACUUUUCAUUUCCUCAUUCAAAAGGCCACUGUUAAAGGUCAGAGCCAAGCAAAUUAUCCUGCAGACGUCAGAAUAAAAUCUGUAGCUGUCAACCUGUCUGAACUCCACUGAAUGUUCCUAAAACAAUGGGUGUUUAUUGUUUAAAUCAUUUUAAUCUGUAUAAAGCUUUAGACACAUGAUGCUGGUUAAUGAUCACAUUUGUCAUGUUGUAAUCAAGUGAAAAUGAGGCUGCAAGGACUUUAAAGGGCACUAAAAUGCAAUUAAACAUAUUUUAAAGCGACUUGCUCCACCUAUUGUUGUUCGGUCAUGAAAUUUUGUCAUCGUUUUGAAAGACAGUUUCUAAAGUUUGGUGUCUGAACCUGAACAUAUUUUCCACUGAAAAUGGCCCAAACCAGUCUCGCUGCGUGUACCCACAUAGCAGUAGUGACCAGAAGUGGAUCCAUCAGCAAUGCUGAAUAGUCUAACAUUUUCUGAUUUAGUGUAAGAGACAGUAAAUUGUGCCUUUUUACAGAGUCAUCAUUAAGCAUAAACAAGCUAAAUAUAGUUGCAAGUAAGUAAAUACAACAAGGAACAAAUUAGGCUUAUUUGUUUCAGUUUUAUUUCACUGUUAUUUUAGCUGUCUGGGAAGAGUUUCUCAGUUUCAGUUUGGACAUAUCCAUAGAUUGGGAUACCAUUUUUUUUUUUUUUUUUUAAU